AUGUCCGAAAAGCCGCAGGCACAAGAAGCUCCUGCUGCUCCUCCCGCGAGUGGGGCCGCAUCCGGAGGAGGUGGUGGAGGAGGUGGAGUGCUGCCCAUGGCCGAGAUCACCCAGGCGGCAGAGGCAGCAAAAGCCGCGGCGCGCUUUCAAGAUGCCGCGGACGCCCUCAAGAAGCAGGCUGCGCUUGUCAGGGACCCUGCCGAGCGGGAGAGGUUGUGGCAGGCUGCGUACGCCAAGGAGAAGGAGGCACACGGAGAGAGCAAGAAGGCGAGGUUGAUGGCGUCUGGAUGGGGCCAAGGUACAGGAUUCGGAAUCGGUAUCUCAAGUGCGGUGGGCAUGGGGCUGGGCAACCUCGUCGGGGCGCUGCUCAGCGGCGUCGUUGCUGUGCCGGGCAGCCUGAUCGGCGCCGGAGUCGGCGCGAUCCACGGGCCAUGGUACAGAUUCGCCGACGCGGUUGCCGGAAACGGUGGUGGUGGGACGAAAGCUGAUGCGGAUGCUGGUCAUGACAGGCUCGGAAAGGAUAUCAAGAAAUCGAAGUCGGACGAGAAGGACGGCGAUGAGACGGAUGACUCGGAGCGAGACGAGGAGGCGCACAAGGCUAUCGUGGAGGCUGCGAAGAAGCUCGAGGAGGAGGAGAAGGCGAAGUCGGGGGAGAAGAAGGCGGACCAGAAGUGA